GAGUGCGGCUCUCACUGUUCUGCGGGCUGGGAGACGGAGACUAUUCCGACACCGUCGACAGAGCUCGGCAGCAUGUCCGAUUCUGAGGAGCCAAGUGAGCCAAGCCCAUCUGAGGGCAUGCGAUUCUCGUGGCCGCCACCCACGGCCAAGCCGGAGCUUGACAUGGAAUUGGUCACUCCUCUCGGUGACCUGCGCCGAUUGGAUGAUGUGGUUGAGCCAUUCUCAGCACCACCGAGUGAACGCGAGACAGAGGCCAGCUUCGUGACAGAGGCCGUGGCAGCUCCUGAGCCAAAGGAGAUCCUUCCAGAGCUAAUGGACCGGCACAUUCUGCCAAUGCCUUUCCCACCAACCCAUUCCAUAGAUUGUGAAGGCGAGCUGGAUGUCGAGGAUAUGUCGAGAAGCGUAGGCUCAACGGAUGACGUGACCUUCCAGCACAAGGUUGCGGGCCCUGUUGUGAAGCUGUUGCCAAAGAUGAAUGCGGCAACAAGCUCCAGCAUCCGCGAGCAAGAUGUCCGUGCAACGGGGGCAGAGGUGGCAAGCAAGCGCACCUCUCCUUCCAGCGUGGCACGAGCCGAGGCUUGCAAACCCUGGGCGGGAGUCCAGUCAAAGACGGUCGCUGAGGACAUCCUGCUAGAAAGCUUUAUCGACGUGAAGGAUGCAAAACAAGCAGGCAGAACGCCCAGCUUAGAGCCCAGUUCAAGCGCCGGCGCGCGCGAGAAUUUGGAGGAAGAUGGCACGGAGGACAGAGUUGACAAGCAGGACUCCUUCGACCCUUUGGCCAAAAUGACACAGAGAGAAUGCAAGAGAGUGGCGGGCCGUUUCCUGAAAGCCAACGGCUUCUUUCACGUGGACGAGCUUGAGUCGACAUGGCGUCAUCCUUUGUUUGAAGCAGUGCUUCAAAACCGCCCACGGGUCGUGAAGGCCCUCCUCCUCCUUGGCAGCAGAAGGGAAGUUCUGAGUGCCGCUGGACUGACGCCUGAGCACCUUGCAGAGCUUCUUCAUCUUCGAAAAGGUGGUUUCGAAGCGGUCUUGCGGGUCUUUGCCACAGAUGGGAAACCGGCAGCAGAGGACUUCGAAAGGCUAAAGAGGAGUGGUACACUUUGA